AUGGCCCCCCAAAACAAGACUCCGACCCCUGAACUCGUCGACGUCCUCAUCGUUGGCGGAGGACCUGCGGGCCUGACCUCAGCCAUAGCCAUAGCUCGCAACCUGCACACGGCUAUCGUGUUCGACUCACAAUCGUACCGCAACGAGCGCGCCAGUCACUUCCACAUGCUUCCCACCUGGGACGGCAAGAACCCAUUUGCCUUCCGCGAUGCGGCCAGGGAGAACACUCUCGAGAAUUAUGACACUAUCUUCUACGAAAAUGUGAAGAUCGAGAAGGCCAAAAAGAACGGUGACGGGGUCUUCGAGCUCACUGACGAGAGCGGAAAGAUCUGGAAGGGGCACAGCUUGGUUCUGGCGACCAGGAUCAUUGACGAGCCACUUGACAUUCCUGGGUUUGAGGAAUGCUGGGCUCAUAGCAUCUUCCACUGCUUGUUCUGCCACGGCUAUGAGCAGCGUGGCAGCGCCUCGGCCGGUGUAUUGGCCAUCAAUGACGUUGCCCCGCUGCCAAUCGCCCUCCAUGUCUCCCGCAGCGCUGCCCAGCUCGUCAAGUCCGUUACUAUCUACACAAAUGGAGACACCUCGAACGUAGAGGUGUUCCAGACUGCCAUCGGCCCGUCAGCACCUAUGACGGUCGACACCCGCCGCAUCACCAGAUUCGUUCUCGGCCCUGACAAAAUCGGCCUUACACUUCACUUUGAGGAUGGGACCACGAAAUAUGAGGCCUUUCUCAGCCACAAACCCAAGAGUAAGCUCAAAAGCUCAGAGUUGGCCGAGCAGCUCGGCCUCGAAAUCACGCCUCAGGGAGAUAUCAAGGCGAACCCUCCCUUUGGUGAGUCCAGCCUAAGCGGAUGCUUCGCUGCCGGUGACAAUUCUUCCUUUCUGAAAACAACCCCAAAUGCGCUCAACGCCGGUGCGAACAGUGCCGCAGGCACCGCCAGCCAUGUCCAGAGUAGGAAGUAUGGCCAGAAGAGUUUGAGCGAUUUCUUGCAGAGCCAGAAGUCUGCUGCGUAG